GACCCCGCACGUUACGCACUUUGUUUGUCCUCUUUACCUCCUCAAACACUAACGCGACCAUAACGACUGUCGAUUGGCCUCAAGUAUGGAGUUUGAUCGACUCAACAUAGCCACAGGCAUGUUCGCAAUUGCCUUGGCUUACUGGUCCAGCAAGACUGUUUACAAUGUCUUCUUUCACCCUUUGGCACGAUUCCCCGGUCCAUGGUGGGCGACUGCAACGUAUCUGGUGGAGUUCUACUAUGACGUCCUGCAAGGUGGGCAGUAUCUCAAAAAGGUCAUUCAAAUGCAUGAGAAAUACGGCCCUCUGGUACGAGUCAAUCCGGACCAUCUCUCCUUUAACGAUCCCUUCUUUUACACCAAGGUGUACUCAAGCGGCGGCCAGAAAACCAACAAACACCCCGAGCUCUCACAAAUCGCAGCUACGUCUGUGAUCUCCACCAAAGACCACGACCUACACCGACGACGCCGCCGCGGUUAUAUUGCUAAUCUAUUCUCCAAGAUGGCUAUCUUUGAUCUAGAGAAUGUCAUUCAGUCAAAAGUCGAUAAGUUAGUUAUGCGGAUGAAACAAGCCUACAGUACAGGGGAGACGCUCAUCGGGCCUCUCAUGUUUGGCAGUCUCGCCGUCGAUGUCAUCUCGCACUACGCGUAUGGUGAGAGCUUCGGAGAUCUCGACAAGCCUGGAUUUCCGUGUGAGCUUGAGGAAACUGUCAGAGGUGCACUGUUGCUUUCAAACGUGCGCAAAUUCUUCCCGGGCAUUGAUGCGGUUUUGAUGCGACUUCCGACCUGGUUGAUCACCUGUCUUAGCCCGUCGAUAAUCAGCUACUUGGAGUUCGAAAAGAGGAUUACGGACUACUCCAUCGAGGCGCUCAAGAAGAGCCAGGAAGAAGGAGAGCCAACCAAACCCAGAACAGUAUUCGAUGCACUAGUCAGCCCCAGGGUCCCCGAAGAAGAAAAGACGCUCCAACGGUUGAAGGAUGAAGGUACACUUCUCUUGUUUGCUGGCGUGGAUACUACAGCUCGAUUCCUGACCUGUAUCAUCUGCUACUUGAUGACGUAUCCCAACAUAUUGGUGAAGCUGCAAGCAGAGUUAAAGUCCCAUUCUACGCCGACCUUGAGUGAGCUUGAGGCUCUGCCAUAUCUGACAGCUGUGAUAAACGAGUCUCUCCGCUUCCAGUGUUCCUUCACAGGGCGUUUUCCACGCGUAGUCGUUGAGCCUCUUGCCUACAAAGACUUGCUCAUCCCAUCGGGUACUAUCAUCGGUGCGUCGCCGUAUUUACUCAACAAUCACCCCGAUGUGUUUCCAGAUCCCCACGUCUUCCGGCCCGAGCGUUGGAUCGAAGCCAAAGCCCGCGGAGAAUACCUUGACAAGUAUCUAGUUACCUUUGCAAAGGGCAGUCGAGCUUGCCUUGGUAUCAACCUUGCGUACGCGGAGAUGUACCUCACUAUCGCGGCCAUGGUCCAGAACUUCGACCUGGAGCUUGUAGAUUCCUCCAUCGAGAACAUCACGCCUGAUCGAGACUUCGGUCUGGCCUUCGACAAGAACUACAACUUCGGCGUCAAUCUGAGGGUCACUAAGGUACUGCAGGACUGAAAUAUAGGUGUUAUGCAGGACGAUCGGUAUCUUAAUGUAUCGGGAGGACGUGCAGAGAUUCCAUCAUGCAAAGCGAAUUUCCAUAAGCCUGUAUCGUGAUGGGAGUUGUUGGCUCUACAAAAGAAAAGGACAGCCGUCGACAGUCUUUUCGUUUCCGUAAUCUCUUCAUAGUAAUGCAGAACAACCAGUGUCAAGCAAAGAUCCGAUAUCUUAUAGUUCAGCAUCGCCAAUAUCAGCCCACCUAAUCUGCGUCUCUGA